AUGUACAGCACGCCCAUUCAGAACCCUCCGGCUGCGGCCUUCGCCACCCCGCUCUCCCCCCACCGUUUUCCUACGUGUUCCCAAAAGUCUACUCAGUCCGACCGCCGUCAUCCAAUUAUGGCCGCAAAAAUGUUCCCAGCACGCACCGCCGUGGUCACGGGAGCCUCUAGCGGCAUAGGCGCUGAGACGGCUCGUGGUCUGGUUCGCGACCUCAACACCCUCGACCAUCUCUUCUUGUGCUGCCGUGAUGUCGCCAAAGGCGAGCGCAUCGCUGCACCGCUUCGCUCCUCCUCCGAGGGCCUCGACAUCACGAUCGUGCCCGUUGAGCUCACCUCCCCGACCUCUAUCGUCUCCUGUGCAGAAACGCUUUCUGCGAAGCUCAACGGCGCCCCGCUCGACUUACUCAUCUGCAACGCCGGGAUCAUGGCGCCCCCGCUAGGGUUUGCCGACGAAUUCGGAGAGAUCGAGCAACAGUUUGCAGUCAAUCAUCUUUCACAUGCGCUGCUUUCCCAGCGCUUGUUGCCUUCACUGCGGGCAGGGGAUGGCGGGCGUGUCGUCUUCGUUUCUUCAAUGGCUGCGUCUCUCGCCAGGAGCAGGGAUACGCCACCGGUGAGCGCUGAGCGAACGAAGAAUGAGCUAAAUGAGGAGAACUAUGCGAAGUGGAAUAUGUAUGCGGAUUCAAAGCUCGCCAUGUCAAUGUAUGCACGUGCAUUAGCGAAAAAGGAGGCCAAUGUUGAAAGCGUAAGUUUACAUCCCGGGGUUGUCCAAACAGAGCUAGGUAGAUAUCUGCUACCGUCUUGGAUGGCAGAGUGGGCGAGCGCCAGCGCAGGCAAAGACCCGAGUUUGUUUCAGCGCUUUCUAUCAUUGUUUGGAUUCAAAACACCGGUGCAAGGAGCGGAGCUCAGCUUAGAGCUCGCGUGUGCAGAUCGAGGGACUCUGGAGGAUGGUGAGUUCUACAUAGCGAAGGGGGGGAAAGUGAUUUCCAACCGACUGGCGCCUCUGCUAAGAAAUGGACGAGAGUGUGAAAAGGUUUUCACUGAUGCAGAAGAAGUUUUGGAGAAGGCUUGUCCAGGAGAUACCGCACGGUAA